AGAAAGUGAGGAAACAACAGUCCUGACAUCAUGUCAACGAUGUUAGGGAUGUCUACUGCAGUUAGCAUGCUAACAAGCUAGCACUGGCCCGUCCUGUCUCCUGAUAUCACUUUGUACUGUCCACAAUUUAUAGCACCCAUCCUUCAGACAGCACCUGGGAAAGACGCCUCAUCGCGGAUCAGAGGUCACAUUGAACACUGUGAACACGAGCAGGUUCAUCAAAGUCAGUCUGAGCGAUAAUGAUAGCGGAGUUCUCUGCCAUGCUCCAUGGGAUCACUAUCAGAUGUCACGCCGACUUCUCCCGUAAUGACUCUUUGUCCAAGUGCGAAAUUGGCUUGCUCCUUUGACAUCCUAACACAGCACCGUGGCAUUACAGCUCCAAAGACUUGCCAACAGAAUGGUGGGAGCGAGGACUUGGCAGAUCCACGCUCGCCCAGUCUAGACCCUCACCUGAGCCACGUCGGCCAAGGUGGCAGCAUAGACAGCGACUGUGUCUUCGAGGGAGACUACGCUGUGCCCCCGCUCUCCAUGACCGAGGGCAUGCAGCACAUUCGCAUAAUGGAGGGCGUGUCACGCUCGCUGCCCUCCUCCCCGCUGCUCACCCACCAGACCAUCAGUGUCAGGCUGCAGCCGGUGAAGAAGCUCACAGCCCCUCUGCGGAAAGCAAAGUUUGUGGAGAGCCCUCGCAUUCCACAAUCAGAGCUUGGCUCCCCUACACACACCUCCACCACUGCCAAGAAUCCAGACCUGGACACAUACUGCCCUGGGGAGUCAAGCCAGGAGCUGGGCCCCCCUCCAUCGGUGGAUGAGGCAGCCAACACAUUGAUGACGCGCCUGGGUUUCCUUCUGGGAGACAAAGUGAGCGAGGGGCCGGCCGGUACCCAGUACAGCAUGGAGGAACCCGAGGCGAGACAGGGCCAGAACCAGAGGAUCAGCCCGUGCUCCACCCUGACCAGCAGCACUGCCUCACCCCCUGCAGGCAGCCCCUGCUCCACCCUCCCCCCUGCCAUGCCUGGCCAGGCUGGCAACAAGGACUGCGCCUACGGUUCUGUCACCAGUCCCACCUCGACCCUGGAGAGCAGGGACAGCGGGAUUAUUGCCACACUGACCAGCUAUUCAGAGAACAUGGAGCGAGGAGGCAAAUACGGCGAGGGCUCCCGGGGAAACCUGAAACUGUGGCAGUCCCAGAAAUCAGGCAUGGACUCUUUCCUGUACAGGGUGGAUGAAAACAUGACCGCCUCAACCUACAGCCUCAACAAAAUCCCUGAGCGCAACCUGGAGAGCAUGUCUUCCCACUCCGCCCACUCCAUCCCUCUGUACCUCAUGCCCCGCCCUAACUCUGUGGCUGCUACCAGUUCAGCUCACCUGGAGGACCUGGCAUACCUGGAUGAGCAGAGACACACUCCAUUACGCACCUCGCUGCGCAUGCCAAGACAGAGCACCACCUGCGGGCCGGGUCGCUCCGGGCAGGACCUGAGAGCUUCCGCUAAUAACACCCAUGCCUGGCAAUCCCAGUCACUGCGUUUUGCACCCUAUCGGCCUCAAGACAUCGCACUCAAGCCUUUGCUGUUCGAGGUGCCCAGCAUCACCAUGGACUCUGUCUUCACGGGCCGCGAGUGGCUCUUCCAGGAGAUCGACGCCCACCUCAACAGCCCCAACGCCAGCACCAACCGCGGCGUGGCCGUAGUAGGCAACAUCGGUUUCGGCAAGACGGCGAUCAUCUCCCGCCUGGUGGCGCUCAGCUGCCACGGCACCCGCAUGAGGCAGAUCGCCUCCGACAGCCCUCAGGCUUCACCCAAACAUGGAGAGGGGCUCCCUCUCACCCAGCCCCAGCCCACUCACGGCACCCUGGGAGGAGGCAGCUGUCCCGGCACCCCUGAGAUGAGGCGGCGUCAGGAAGAAGCCAUGAGGAGGCUGGCGUCUCAGGUGGUGGCGUACCACUACUGCCAGGCAGAUAACGCCUACACCUGCCUGGUGCCGGAGUUUGUGCACAACGUGGCGGCCCUGCUGUGCCGCUCGCCGCACCUCGUUGCCUACAGGGAGCAGCUGCUGAGGGAGCCACACCUACAGAGCAUCCUGAGUCUGCGCUCCUGCGUCCAGGACCCCCUGGCCUCCUUCAGGAGGGGCGUGCUGGAGCCCCUGGAUGCACUUUACAAAGAGAGGAAGAUCAACUCCGAGGAGGACCUCAUCGUCCUCAUCGACGGUCUGAAUGAGGCAGAGUUCCACAAGCCGGACUACGGAGACACUAUCGUGUCCUUCCUCACCAAAACCAUCAACAAGUUCCCUCCGUGGCUCAAACUGGUGGUCACAGUCAGAACCACGUUACAGGAGAUCACCAACGCGCUGCCGUUCCAUCGCAUCUCUCUGGACGGCCUGGAGGAGAACGACGCCAUAGACCAGGACCUGCAGGGCUACAUCCUGCACCGCAUCCACAGCAGCCCGGAGAUCCAGAACAACAUCUCGCUCAACGGCAAGAUGGACAACACCACCUUCGGCAAGCUCAGCGCCCACCUCAAGGCCCUGAGCCAGGGCUCCUACCUGUACCUCAAGCUCACCUUUGACCUCAUCGAGAAGGGCUACCUUGUUCUCAAAAGCUCCAGUUAUAAGGUGGUUCCAGUCAACCUGGCGGAGGUGUAUCUGCUGCAGUGCAACAUGCGCUUCCCCACGCAGUCGUCGUUCGAGCGGGCGCUCCCUCUGCUCAAUGUGGCCGUGGCCUCGCUUCAUCCGCUGACUGAUGAGCAGAUUUAUCAGGCCAUCAACGCUGGUUCGCUGCAGGGCACACUGGACUGGGAGGAUUUCCAGCAGCGUGUAGACAACCUGUCAGUCUUCCUGGUGAAGAGGAGGGACGGCACCAGGAUGUUCGUCCACCCGUCCUUCAGGGAGUGGCUGAUCUGGAGAGAAGAAGGAGAGAAGACGAAGUUCCUCUGCGACCCGAGGAGCGGUCACACGCUACUGGCCUUCUGGUUCUCUCGCCAGGAGAACAAGCUGAACAGGCAGCAGACGAUUGAGCUGGGCCAUCACAUCCUCAAAGCACAUAUCUUCAAGGGUCUCAGCAAGAAAGUCGGGGUUUCCUCAUCCAUCUUGCAAGGCCUGUGGGUAUCCUACAGCACAGAGGGCCUUUCUGCUGCACUUUCUUCACUCCGAAACCUCUACACUCCCAACAUCAAGGUGAGCCGGCUGCUGAUGCUGGGCGGUGCAAAUGUCAACUACCGUACGGAGGUGUUGAACAACGCCCCCGUCCUGUGCGUCCACUCCCACCUGGGCUACAUGGACAUGGUGGCUCUGCUGCUCGAGUUCGGCGCCUCCGUCGACGCCCAGUCCGAGAGCGGCCUCACGCCACUGGGCUACGCUGCUGCCGGGGGACACAUGGCCAUCGUGACUGCACUUUGCCGCAAGAGAGCAAAGGUGGACCAUCUGGAUAAGAACAGCCAGUGCGCCCUGGUCCAUGCGGCCCUGAGGGGCCACAUGGAGGUGGUGAAGUUCCUCAUCCAGUGCGACUGGAGCCUGGGGCCGCAGCAGCAGCAGUCACCACAAACACAACAGCAGGCGUCCUUCACCAAGAGCCACGCCGUCCAGCAGGCGCUCAUCGCCGCAGCCAGUAUGGGAUACACGGAGAUCGUGUCCUACCUGCUGGACCUGCCGGAGAAAGACGAAGAGGAGGUGGAGCGGGCUCAGAUCAAUAACUUCGACACCCUGUGGGGGGAGACAGCUCUGACUGCAGCGUCCGGUCGGGGGAAGCUGGAGGUGUGUCGUCUGUUGCUGGAACAGGGCGCGGCCGUGGCCCAGCCCAACAGGAGAGGCAUCGUCCCGCUGUUCAGCGCCGUCCGACAGGGACACUGGCAGAUCGUGGACCUGCUCCUCACACACGGCGCAGAUGUCAACCUGGCUGACAAGCAGGGUCGUACUCCUCUAAUGAUGGCCGCCUCAGAGGGACACCUGGGGACUGUUGAGUUUUUACUGGCUCAAGGAGCCUCUCUGUCUCUGAUGGAUAAGGAGGGUCUGACCGCCCUGAGCUGGGCUUGUCUGAAAGGACACUUACCUGUCGUCCGCUGCCUGGUGGAGAGCGGAGCCGCCACCGACCACGCAGACAAGAACGGACGCACGCCACUCGACCUGGCGGCCUUCUACGGCGACUCUGAGGUGGUCCAGUUCUUGGUCGACCACGGGGCCAUGAUAGAGCACGUAGACUACAGCGGGAUGCGUCCUCUCGACAGGGCGGUGGGCUGCAGAAACACGUCGGUGGUGGUCGCCCUGCUCAAGAAAGGAGCCAAGAUAGGUCCAGCCACAUGGGCCAUGGCCACCUCCAAACCCGACAUCAUGAUCAUCUUACUCAGCAAACUCAUCGAGGAGGGGGACAGCUUCUACAAGAAGGGGAAGGUGAAGGAGGCAGCGCAGCGUUAUCAGUACGCCCUCAAAAAGUUUCCACGCGAAGGCUUCAGCGAGGACCUCAAGACAUUCAGGGAACUCAAAGUAUCGCUCUUCCUCAACCUGUCCCGAUGUCGGAGGAAAACAAACGACUUUGGGAUGGCUGAGGAAUUUGCUACGAAGGCACUCGAGCUGAAACCAAAAUCAUAUGAGGCAUACUAUGCCAGGGCGCGUGCUAAGCGUAGCAGCAGACAAUUUCCUGAAGCCUUAGAGGACCUGAAUGAAGCCAUAAAGCAGUGCCCCAACAACCGAGAGAUCCAGCGGCUGCUCCAGAGGGUUGAGGAGGAGUGUCACCAGCUCAACGAGGAGGAGCACCAGCAGCAGGACCUGGAGCUGGAGCCGCCUCCUUCCCCUCCUCCUACGCCUCCCCCAGAAGAGGAGGAGUCCCUGUCCUUGUCCAUGCCUCUUCCCCCUCCCCCUGAGCCCCGUCUGGAGGACAUGGAACCCGUCCAGGACCUGUUCGAGGAUGAGGACUACCUGGAGCAGGAGCUGGAGGCCAUGUCUGUGGGUCUGCCCCCACCUGAGUCUCACGCCAACCCCUCCAGCCUUCCCAUCAUCCAGAGCCCGCCGCUGUCCCCCACACAUCCAGAUCAGAUCUACUUAUCUGGAGGUUCGCCCUUGGGCCAGCCCUACGAAUACCACCCCACCUCGUCCUCCAUGUCCUCUCCAACACGUGGGUCGUACCAGCCCACGUCGCCCUCCCUCUCCCCGACACAUCAGAACUCACACUACCGACACAGCCCGCCUCAUACUUCCCCGGUGCACCAGCAGUCCUACGGCUUCAGCCCGCCUUCUAUGGGUGCUGGGGAUCACCAGAGCCCUCCGCCUUCCCCUUUACGUCGGGCUGCUCAGUACAGAGCCAGUCCACCAGUAGAGAGCGUUUGUCUGUACAGGUCCCAGUCCGGGUCGCCUGUGCGCUACCAGACAGAGCAGCUCCCCGGCCGACCCAAAUCUCCCCUCUCUAAGAUGAGCAGCCAGCGUUCGUUCCAGCUGAGCUCGCAGCCCUCUCUGUCCUCCCAGCACCACCAAGCCCAAGGCCUUCGUCUUCAGCCUUCUAUAGCUCAAAUAGUGCGCACAAACCAGCCCAGCAAUGUGAUGGGCAACAGCCUGUACAGCGGUCAGAUGGGCCACUCCAUGGGUGGUCGCUACCAAGGAGGCUCAGUGGACGUGGAAAGCCGGCUGGUGUAUCAGCCUUCGCUGGAUGGACGGUCCAUGCCCCAGGUCCAGGCCAGCCUCAGCUCUGGGGCCCUCUGUCAGCACGGCGGCCGAGGAGGGGUUAUGGAGUCGGGCCUGUUGAAGGAUGAGUUACCCCAGCGCCCCUCCUCUGCCUACCGCGCCAGCAGCGGGGGCCCGGGGGGCAUCCGUUACAGCCAGACACCUCAGAUAAGCCGCAGCCAGUCCGCCGCCUACUACCCAGUCUCUGAACAUGUACUGGAGCGCGCCAAUGCCAUGCCCCCCUGCCAGCUGGGCUCUCCCGAGAUCCCCCACAUGGUGAGACGCCCCGUCAGUGCCAAUACUACUGAGAUGAAGCAGCACGUGCCCACCCCCAGGCCUCUCAUCCAUUCUCAGAGCGUAGGCCUUCGAUUCUCCCCGUCAAGCAACAACAUCUCAACUGGAUCCACCUCGAAUUUAGCGCCGGGUUUCAGGCCUUCGUCUUCCAUUCAGCAGAUGGAGAUCCCCCUGCAAGCCACAUACGAGCGCCCCUGUGAUGACAUGUCCCCCAUCUCUCCUUCGCAGGGCGGCGGGGGGCUGUAUCAAGGCGAGACCACCCGCUCUCGGAACACACCCUUCAUGGGCAUCAUAGACAAGACGGCGCGGACUCAGCAGUACCUGCAUCAGCCCUCGCGGUCCAGGGCCAUGACGUCCAUGGACUCCGCCAUCAGCCCCACCUCGCCUGGCCAGCUAGUCCAGCAAGGCUCCACCUACAGCCCCCCCGCCUCGCUGGGCAACAUCGCCUAUUACAACAAGACAAACAACGCCCAAAACGGGCACCUGUUGGAGGAGGACUACUACUCCCAGACCCAGCCCCCCUCACUGGGCAAGAUGGCCAACGGCUCCCGCGGCAGUGGGGACAUCCUGGAGCGGGUCAGCCAGGUGCCCACGUACCCGGACGUGAAGGUGGCGAGGACUCUUCCCGUGGCACAGGCCUACCAGGACAACAUGUACCGCCAGCUCUCGCGUGACUCCCGGACCCAAGGCCCCACCUCCCCCAUCAAACCAAAGAGACCAUUUGUGGAGUCAAACGUGUGAUGGCCUGCCUGUGAUUGGUUGGUUGGACUGGGCUUGUGAGUGGGAGUGAGAGGAGAUAAAAUAUUUAGCUCAACAGCAGAAGCUGCUGCCCCUCGUGUAUGUGACAUGGACGAACUCACCUUAAGGAACUCAUGAGAGACAACACACCCACACACAGACACACACAUACAUACACACACACGUAGGGUAUUAGACUUUAUCUUAUAUGAAAAACAUAACUAACAGUGAGAAGUUUCAUUAUCAUAUUCUGCACACCGGUAGGAAAACAGGAGGGUCCAAAGUUCUGAUCUCAUUCUGAAUCAAAGACCAGUGCACUUCCAAAACGUUGUGUGGCACAAAGUUCCCACAACAGGUGGGACCGUCGGAGAGAAAGUACUAAUCAUCAAAUUGGACUCUACUCGUGGACUCUGUAUCCAUCUUCUGUUCUUUCAAAGUGUGCUCUUAACCAAGGUUGCUAGUAGGCUCUAUUCUAUGUAAUACAAUAUUAUAUGUUCAAUACUGUACAUUGCUCAGAAAAUACAAAUGGCUCAACAACUCAGUACUUAGAGAAAAAUGACAAUAUUUAUAAUUAAGUUAUAUAUUGUACAUAGAAAUAAAACCAGACAUAGUUUGCGUUUGAAUUGUAUUCUGUUAACCCUGCCUUUGUGUCCCACUGCUAGUCAUAUGGAUGUAAGAAAACCGAUCCAGAGUUCGGAACGAGGGACAAAGACCAGCGUCGAGUGAUAGAAUUGCCUCUUGGUGUCAAAAUAAACAAGAUUUUGUUGUGAUUUAAUGCAAGAAAACACUUUUUAUGCUGCAGUAGGUCCUCAAUGAUCUGAAUUUUAUUCUGUUUUGAUUAAUCUGCGGGGGGGUUUUCAUAGAAAGUUUUUUCUUUUUGUUAAAUGUCAGAAAAUAGUCAAACAUACACGAGUAUAAUCUCCAAAUGAGAUGUCUUUGGAUGUCUUGUUUUGUCCAAAACCCAAAAAUAUUCAGCGACUUAAAAAAGCAGCAAAUCCUCACUUAGGAGAGGCUACAACCAGAGAACGUUGUAGUGAUGAAUUAAUCAUCAAAAUACUAUAUCCUAUUGAUUACAUUUCAGUUGAUUAAUGGAUGAAGAUCUGAAACAUGAGCUUUAAGCUGGUAUUCAAAUGUUUGUCUCUGAAUGAAAAUCGCACGCCUGUUUUUGUUGAUUCAAUCAUUUUUUUAAACCAUUUAACCUCCAGAUAUGUAAAUUAUGAUUUUUCUGUAUUUCUUGUCAGUAUCUUCACUGUAUCACAGACCUCAUGAUUAUGCCUUAGUGUGACGUUUAACCAACUGUCAAGGCUGCAGUUUGACAUACUGAACCAGUUUUCUGUCAGAAGGCAAAUUUGAAUACUCGCUUAAACUUCUGCUUCUAUAAAAACAGGAUCAGUAGUUUUGUAAAAUGUUCGUACGAUUGUUGCAUCAGACAAAAACAAUAUAUUCAGUUUGAAUCUUCGGCUACAGCAGGUUUAAGUCAUCUCUGACUGGCCGAUGCUGCUCAAAGGUGAUUUUAUCAAAGUUUGCCUUUGUCCCUCCUCCGUACGUAACGUAAAGCUGUAUGUUCCUAAGAGAGGGUAGAGCGUGCGGUACAUAUGCUAGUGACGGGUUAACAUGGAUAGUGCUCAGCGAUUAAAAGCAAGCAAAUGCAUACACGACCACUGUUACAGACGUUCUCCUUCCUCCUUUCUCCUGCAUUACUUUUGUGUCGAUUCUUUUUACCCACGAUGCAUUUUUACUCCGCCACUUCUGCACUAAAAAUGCCUGUUAAGUUCUUAACUAAAGGGUGCACUUUAUGUAUUUUACUUACCUUGUUGUUACGAUUGUUGACUUUGGAGAAAGUGUGGGCGUGCGAUCGGUCAGACCUCUGGCCGCUGAUACCAGACUAUCAUAGACACUAUUACUAUAUGAUUUACAAAGCAGUGAUGAAUGACAAUAUGAAGAGCAAACAAAUGUUUUUAAAACUGGUGAAGAUGUAUAGACUUUCUAGCACAAGCUGUAUAUAUAUACCGACUCAGAUAUUCAACGGGUUCGUGAGUUGAGCAAGUGUGUUUCAAGAGGCCAUAUUUAAGAACUCCACGUCAUCAACAAAAUAAAAAAAUAUAUCCAUUGCAGUCCUGUAACUCUAAAUUCACCAGUCUAAUCCGCUGGUCUUGCACACGUCUUGGAAAGAAAAAAAAAAGUUGAAUCUACUGCGAAAAAAUAAGAAAUAAAGAAUGACUGAAGUUCCAGUAACAAGAAGCUCCGUAAUUUGGAGUUUGGGUGAUAAGAGAAAGUGUGAUAAUGAGAAUAUUCAAGUUAUUUGUAUAUGUGAGAGGGAAAAAAAAAAGUUAUAGACCAUUUGUCUGUAACAUUUUAUUUUGGUUCCUCUGCUAAAGAAUAUCUAAAGAGAAGACGUUCAUUCUCAGUUUCACCCGCUCCCAGAGAGAUGCCCUACUUAUCUUUACAGAAAUGAAGGUAUAAACUGUACGAUACUUAAUUUAAACAGAACUUCUAAAUCGAGGAUAUUUGAGGGUGUAUGGUUUCAAAGCUGUCUGUGUAUAUUAGUUUGCUGUAAAUAGUCUGAUGCAUGUUCUAUUCUUUCCACGAGCUCAAGCGGAAACAUGUAUAGCAGUGUUCUGACUCUGGUGUGUGUGUGUGUGUGACGCGACGUUCGGAUCAAGAUGAGGAGACUGCUGAUCCCCGAACUGUCCUUUAUCAUUUUACCCUUCAAAAACUCACCAGACAAACGCGAAAAAGGUUUUUUCUUUUGGUUUUUAUUUUAAUGUAUUUUGCUUGCUGAGCAGAGUUCUCUUGUCUGUAAAUGUGAGCUUUCAGAUCGCUGUGAUAAAAAGUUUAAUUAAAAACAAUAAAAAAGAAUGUGUUUUUAUCUCAUGAUAACUGAUUGUAAU